AUGACUACUGGCAAUGACCAAAUCUGCUUUCUUUCAAGCAAGGAUUUCGCAUCAGCAUCGACUACAGCAGUAAUAGCGAGCUGGAAAAUCUGUCCUAGCAGCGUUACAACUGAUUCUCUUCACAUUGAUUCCAAUUUUUCAUCUUUUUUUCCUAACCAGGGAAUUCUUGAGCGCUUGAAUGAAGGUGUCGUUAUUGGAGAUGGCGGUUUCGUAUUUGCUUUAGAAAAACGUGGCUACGUCAAGGCUGGUCCAUGGACACCAGAAGCCGUUAUCGAAUAUCCAGAAGCCGUCAAGCAAUUGCAUCGUGAAUUCUUAAGAGCCGGAUCGGAUGUUAUGCAAUGCUUUACCUUUUAUGCCAGUGAAGAUAAAUUAGAGAAUCGUGGUAAUAAAGCGGCUCAGCAUGGUGUCGGAGCAGUGAAUGAAGCCGCUUGCAAAAUUGCUCGUGAAGUUGCUAACGAAGGCGAUGCUUUAAUCGCUGGUGGAAUGUGCCAAACCCCAACUUAUCUAUCUGGGGGCAAUAAAGAAACAGUCCAGAUAGAAUUUCAAAAACAGGCAGAUGCUUUUGUAAAGUGCGGUGUAGAUUUUCUCAUCUGUGAGUACUUUGAACACGUUGAAGAAGCAACUUGGGCUGUCGAAGUCUGUAAAAAGACCGGCAUGGCUGUUGCCGCUACAUUGUGUAUUAACGAUGAGGGAGAUAUGCAUGGCGUAUCCACCGCAGAUUGUGCCGUAAAGCUUGCUAAUGCUGGAGCUGAUAUUAUUGGAAUAAACUGCCAUUUCGAUCCUGAUGCCACCUUAGCUGGAAUUCGUGAAAUGAAGAGAGGCUUAGAUGAAGCUGGCUUGAAACGUCAUUUGAUGAGCCAACCGCUAGCAUUCAAGACACCAGAUGUAAACAAGCAGGGAUUUAUUGACUUGCCUGAAUUUCCUUUUGCUCUGGAACCACGUAUACUUACAAGAUGGGAUUGUCACCGUUACGCCAGAGAAGCCUAUGAUCUCGGAGUUCGAUACAUUGGUGCUUGUUGUGGAUUUGAGCCUUACCACGUUCGAGCUAUUGCGGAAGAAUUAUCUAAAGAACGAGGAUGUUUACCUGCAGCUAGUGAGAAACAUGAUAUGUGGGGAGGUGGAUUGCAACUUCACACCAAGCCUUGGGUUCGAGCAAGAGCUCGACGUGAUUACUGGGAAAAUCUAAGUCCAGCUUCUGGCCGUGCGGAAAGUUCUGCCUUUUCUAAGCCGAAUGCGUGGGGAGUAACUGCUGGCGACGAUUUAUUAAAACAACAAAAGGAAGCAACCACUCUAGCAGAAAUCUCCAAUCUAGCUGGUAGAUCAUAAAGAGUUAUAUAGGAAUCUAACUAAGCUAAACUAACUCCAUGUUGAUAACAUCUCGAUAAGCAGCUGUUUGGAUUUGCAUCUAUUCUUUUAUUUAAAUGUAGCUAUGUGAACAUCUGUAAUCAGUAAAUUAUUCUCCAGGCUAACCGUCACUUAAACUUGCUUGUUACAUUUGUAGCAAUACUUGAGUAACAUUCAUGAAGCCAUGAUUCUUUGUUUGUUUACCUCAUGGUUAAAAAUAUCGUCAAUUUAUUGUCGAAAUGCAAUAUCACUCAUAUGUUAAAUAUUGGUAUUUUGAAUAUUUAGCUAACUGUAGUUGUAGCCCAGCGUGAUAAUAAACCAAUAAAAUACC